UGGAAGCGGCGGCGUGUGCAGGGUUGUGAAGGCGCUGGACAGGAGGGAGCUCUGGGGGACUGUGGAAGUACACCUAAAGUUGGUGACAACGCUGACGUCUUAAUGGGGGAAAGGUGUCGUAGCUCCUGACCUCCAGAUGUCACGUAUUCCCCCGUCCUGGAGACCGUGACUAUGACGGUGACGUUAAUGUGCCUCGGAGAUAGAUGCCACUUUCAUGUAAGGUGCCAUGUUUGGAACCAAGUACUGAGACUUGCACAACCAAUCUGGGCUUGGCAGGACUUACCAAACAAGUUGUGUUCAGGAGACGUCAUCUGUCCAGAACUGAGAAAAUAAGGAAAGGGAACAACUCCAGCCAGAGGAGACAUCACCUGCCUUAAAGAUGACAUCCUGUCCAAGUGACUGGAUUGGGAGCGUUUACCUCUUUAUCCAGUCAGAUUCUAUCAAUCUACCUCAGCAGUAUGACCUGUACAAAUCCAUUGUGUACAAUGCACUAAGGAACAACAUUUCAGAAUUCUCCGGAGGAUCCCCCAACUGUAUUGACAUCCUAAAAAUUAGUAAAAGUGACCAAGAGCUGAUCCUUCACCUAAAAUUCUAUGGAAAAUUGGCCUCCAAGAGAUUUCUUCAAGGCUACAGGGAGAAGAGGGUUCAUCAGCACAUACAAAAUCAGCUCUGUCAAUGUCUAAAAAUGGAGGCUCUUCAAGUCCACCUGGAGCUUAGAGUGGGCACAGAGAAGCUUGACACCCAACUGGAUGAAGAGGAGAAAUGUCUGCAGUAUAUUUUCUCUUUAAAGCCCUGUUAUCAGAAGGAUGAUGAACUUGCAGACCUGGAGAGAUGUUUGAUGAAUGUUUCAUUGGGGACAUUGCCACUUCAGCAAAACAGCAAUGUGCCUCCUUCAUCCUCUCCACAGAACUCCAACAAUGGAUCGCCACCACAUACCCUCCGCUCACUAUCAUCCGAGGGAAGCAGCUUCCAAUUCCAGGAUCAAGAGUUUAUUGACAGGCCUCUGACCUCUGAACAUCACCAGAUCUUUGCCAAGUUUGUAGGAACAUCUUGGAAAAAGGUGGGCAGGACAUUGAAGGAGAACUGCCCUGCAUUAGAAGAUCCAGCCAUAGAAACCCUGGCAUACGAAUAUGGUAGAGAAAGCCUCUAUGAACAAGCCUACCAGAUGCUCCAACGUUUCAUUGAUUGUGAAGGGAAGAAAGGCACCUUACAGAGACUUGUGGAUGCUCUCGUAAGAAAUGGACUGACUGGAAUCGCCGAGAAACUGCUAUCUGUGCAAGAAAACGGACUGAAUUAAGAGACUGGGAAGAAAUCAGGGGAGGACUUGUGUCAUCUAUAUUCACUUUGCUCUGUGCCUUUAAAUAAGUUGAUGGGCUUCCCUCAUGGUUAUACCUCAUCUAGUAGUGUUCAGGGGGCUUGUGCAGGACCAUUGACAAUAAUGUAAGUAAUGGACCAUCUCAGCAAUAUCAUGAAGAAGCUCCUAUAAUAUUCCAGGACCUCCUUUCAACGCUCUUCCUUAAGUGACCAGUCUACUUUGGUGUAAUGAACACUUUCUGAUUACUAUGGUCAUAGACAUUAUAGUUUUUAAUACUAGUGGUUUAAAAUUCAAUGAACAUCCCAUAAAGAGGUUACUAAAGUUGUAUGAUAUUAGAAAAAAGGAUCACCAUUCUUCCAUGGACUGUACCGUUACUGCAGCUCAGCCACAUUCAACAGAAUUGACCUGAACUGCAAUACCUGACACAGCCUAUGGACAGGAAUGGUGCGGUUUGUAUAAAAAAAGAGGAUAGACCCAUUUACGUU